UUCUCAAUUUGUUAUUAAUAAACUUUAGCUGUUAGAAAUACAAGUGGCAUACAAUAUUUCAUGCUGGAGACAUUUUAAAAAACAAUACAACCUUUGGUUAUCACUGAGAAUGAUAGUGAAUAAGGCCAAGGUGUGUUUCAAACAAUUACAAGUGGUAUGAAAAAGAAAGAUACAAUGCUAUCAAUAGGAACUAUCAACUGGCUAUUUGUGUGCGGACUGGCAUUUUGUUUAGGAGGAGUAGUUGUGUUGAGUUUCAUGCCUUUGGGUUCAGAUUGCAUAUGUCCACUUAGCCGCGGUCAAAAGAAGACAAGCUCCGCAUUGUACAAUGUGCAUUCUGAGUUAGAUGGCACCGAGCUGAAAGCGGAGCACAAGUUAGCUGUGUUAGUGCCAUUUCGUGAUCGAUUCGAAGAAUUGCUACAAUUUGUGCCACACAUGACAAAGUUCCUUAAACGUCAAGGAAUAGUUCACAAAAUAUUUCUGCUGAAUCAAGUAGACCGGUAUCGCUUUAACCGUGCUUCACUUAUAAAUGUUGGUUUUCGUUUCACAAGUGAAGUGUAUGACUAUAUUGCAAUGCACGAUGUGGACUUAUUGCCGAUCAACGACGCCUUGUUUUAUAAAUAUCCCAGCGCAGCUGGUCCACAUCAUAUAGCAGCACCUGAAUUACAUCCCAAGUAUCACUACGAAACAUUUGUUGGUGGUAUUUUGUUGGUGCGUUGUGAACACUUUAAACAAGUAAAUGGGAUGUCGAAUAAAUACUGGGGUUGGGGUUUGGAAGAUGACGAAUUCUAUGUGCGUAUUAGAGACGCUGGUCUAAGAGUUACGCGACCAGAGAAUAUCAAUACUGGAGUCAACGAUACAUUCAGUCAUAUACAUAAUCGUUAUCACCGCAAACGCGAUACACAAAAGUGUUUUAAUCAAAAAGAAGUUACACGUAAACGUGAUCGACAAACAGGUCUGAAUACAUUAAACUACAAAAUACUGAAAGUCCAUGAUAUGUCUAUAGAUGGUAUCUCGAUAACUGUUUUGAAUAUUCUGCUCGAAUGUGACAUUAAAGAAACGCCGUGGUGUGAUUGUUCCGGUAAUGCCGCAGCCGCUUCCGCGGUGUCCACAUGAUUGUUUUUGAGUCAAUCAACUGUGCUAUAAACUCGCAAUAUAGUUGUCAUCUAUCAUUUUGUAUGAAUUUAGUUAAAAUUAAAAUUUAAUUUAUAGUUCCUUAGUUCAAUAAAAGUGACUUAAAUCAUUGACAGA